UCAGCCACAAGAAACGUGUCAUCGGGGCGGGAGUCGGCGUGGCCAUGGUUCUGGUCCUGCUGGUGGCCAUUCCCUUACUGGUCCACACCACGAAAGGGGGAGGAUCCGGGGGAGGGGGCACCCAUUAUGAGAUGCUCGGUAGCUGCAAGAUGGUGUGUGACACUUUCACCCCUCCACAGGACGAGCUGAAUGCCGUGUCCCCUCAGCCCCCAGACUUCCCGGGACGGAGGGGCAAACCCGGUUUCCGUGGCAGCCCCGGACUCCCCGGUCCUCCUGGUCCCCGGGGGCCCCCCGGAGAGCCCGGCAAACCCGGCCCACCCGGUCUUCCUGGCCCUGGGCCCGGCGGACAUUUCCCCUCCUUCUACAGCCCCAAGAUCGCCUUUUACGCCGGCCUCCGGAAACAGCACGAGGGGAGCGAGGUGCUGAAGUUUGAUGACGUGGUGACCAACGUGGGCAACUACUACGAGCCGAGCACCGGCAAGUUCACCUGCCCUCUGCCGGGCAUCUACUACUUCACCUACCACGUCCUGAUGAGGGGCGGCGACGGGACCAGCAUGUGGGCCGACCUGAAGAAGAACGGCCAGGUGCGGGCCAGUGCCAUUGCUCAAGACGCCGACCAGAACUACGACUACGCCUCCAACAGCGUCAUCCUGCACCUGGAUGUGGGCGACGAAGUGUGCGUGCAGCUGGACGGGGGCAAAGUUCACGGCGGAAACACCAACAAAUACAGCACCUUCUCCGGCUUCCUCAUAUACCCUGACUAA